AUGUCUAAUACAACCUACUCAACAACUUCUACAGAGAAGCUAUUGUCAGCCUGCGGAGGUGCCCUUGUUACUUCGCUCAUGGUGACACCCAUGGAUGUUGUCAAGAUGCGAAUGCAGACGCAGAAUGUGUAUUCUGCAACCACCAACACACUAUCCAAAGCAGCCAUGUGUUGUAUGACAUUUAAUAAUUGCACACAAUCCAUCAAACAUGGACUCCAAAACAACAGAAUCACCCGAGGCGGCCAGCUUGCCAACAUCUAUCAAUGCACGGCCUAUUCAGAGGCUACAGCUAUAUCCGUAGCAGCAGCCAACUCUGUCAACUCGCCUGUUUUCAAAGGCACAUUUGAUGGACUGUACAAGAUUAUCAAAUAUGAAGGCAUUGCAGCAUUAUGGAAAGGAUUGUCGCCAGCACUACUCAUGUCAGUACCAGCAAAUGUCAUUUACUUUGUUGGCUACGAUUAUUUGAGAGAUCUAAUCCAGCCCUAUACUUCCAUCGACUCGAACAAAGACUACUCACCACUAGUGGCAGGCGCUGUUGCUCGUACUAUUGCAGUAACCAUCAUCUCACCUAUUGAAUUGUUUCGUACGAGAUUGCAGGCCACUACGGGUGUUCAUGAUUUCAAGCAUGUUCUGGAUGGUGUAAAGCAAAUGGUUGUGCAAGACGGAUCAAAAGCAUUAUGGAGAGGUCUACCGCCUACGUUGUGGAGAGAUGUACCAUUUUCUGCUAUUUACUGGAUGGGAUAUGAAGAAUGCAAAAAAGCCAUCGAACUCAAUAGCAAGUACGAUAUGAAUGAAUUGCAAGUUUCUUUCGUAGCUGGCGCUUUAUCUGGCAUGUUUGCAGCAGCAGUGACAACACCAUUUGAUGUAGCUAAAACCAGAAGACAAGUAGAUGCUGGUAGAGAAAAACCAUCCUUAGUUGACUCUCGAGUGCCUGCCAUUUUAAAGCAAAUAUACCAGCAGAAUGGUGUGAGAGGCUUGUUUCGAGGAUUAACUCCCAGAGUGGCAAAAAUUGGUCCUUCCUGUGCGAUCAUGAUUAGUUCUUAUGAAAUGGGAAAGAUUUUUUUCUCUAAACAUCAUACUGAAGAUCUUGUCUAA